UUGUUCUCAUCUAUCUCCCAAACGGUCUAACACCACUUCAUAUCUCACCUGUGAUCAUAAGAUAUGCGCUUCGUUAUCUACCAUCCUCGUUUCCCAAAGUUGGGAUUACGAAGUCUUGGAUAAACCUAUUUACUGUAGGAAUGCAACAGUUCAGGUGGAUAACAUCAGGGAAAAAAUGGGCUUCCCAGAGGAAUGGAUUGCUGUGUUGGAAUGCUGGUAACACUCUUAGGCAUUUGAGAUGCAUUAGCAGCGUGAGUUCCAGCAUCUCAGCUGGGAUGUCAGAACAAAGCAAACCUUUCUCUUCAAUACCAGGGCCACUUAAACUGCCUCUUAUUGGUACUUUGUUGCCCUACAAGAUUGGUCUCAAGAAGCUCAAAGACUACCACUACCAUGUGUGUGACCUCUACCACCAGUAUGGGCCCCUUGUAAAGGAACACUUUGGGUCACAGGUCAUUGUGCAUGUGUUUGACCCAGCUGACAUACGCACUGUGUAUGAGAAUGAUGGCAAGACCCCAUACAUUCCACCUUUGCAAGAAACAACACAGUUUUACCGUCAAGAGAAAGAUAUGUCACUUGGUCUUGGAAACAUUAAUGGAGAAGAAUGGUACAAGCUCCGGCACGCUGUGCAGAUGAUGAUGCUCCGUCCUCGAGAAGUGAGCUACUACUUCCCCUUGCAAGAUGCAGUAGCGAAAAAGGCUGUUGAGAAGCUAGCAACAGAAGUGGAUGAGGAUGGGGUAGUCUCCAAUCUGAACACACUCAUUAGCCAGUGGAUUCUUGAAUCUGCAGGCAUGUGCUGCUUUGAGAAAUCUCUUGGUUGCCUUAGUGGAGGUGAUGCGGAAGAACUGGCAAAGAAUCUGGUCAGGACGAAUGUGGAAAUAUUUCAGCUGUCUGCAGAACUGAAGUUUUCAUUGAGAGCAUAUCGGUAUUUCAAGACUAGGAAGUAUAAGAAGCUUCAUAAUCUUGAGGACUUUUUCUAUGGGGUCUCCAUAGACUUCAUCACUGAUGCACUAAAUCACAUUAAGGACCUCUCAGUAGAGAAUAAACUGAAGGAGGGAGACUUCAACUUCCUCACUUAUUUGAUGUCGCGGAAGGAGCUCUCCCAUAAGGAUAUUAUAACUAUCACUCUUUCACUGUUUUCCGACGGUCUUUCUACGACAUCACCUGUCCUCUUGGGGAACCUGCACUGUCUGGCUCUGAAUCCAGAAGUACAAGAACAACUCUAUCAAGAAAUAAAAAAGAAUGUUGAUCCAUCUUCACCUAUAACAGUACACAUAAUAAAUAAGCUACACUAUCUGAAGGCUUUUGUGAAAGAGGUAUUUAGGUUCUACCCAGUGGGAGAGAGUGUUCAACGUCUCCCUCAAAAAGACCUUGUUCUCAGUGGCUUCCAUGUACCAGCUGGUACAUACCUUGAUCUAAAUCCAUACCUGUGGUUGCUGAGUGACAUGUACUUCAGUGAUCCUCUGGUUUUGCGUCCUGAGAGAUGGCUUAGGGAUUCUGCAGGAACCCUGGCAGUUGAUCCCUACAUUCUAAACCCAUUUAGCAUUGGAACUCGAAUGUGCGCUGGGCGGAGAUUUGCAGAACAGGACCUGUUUGUGGGCUGUGCAGGCUGCUCCUCAAAUACCAACUAGAAGCUACAGACAACUCCCCUCCAAGGCAAGAAUGGAGUGUCUUGCUGAAGCCAAAAAUUCCACUCCCAAUACGAUUUAUUGCUCGGGAGUGACUCCAAUUUUUCUAGAUAUUUUGUUCUAAUUUUUAUAUUCAUGUUAUUUUUAAAAUAGAUUUUGGAGGUAGAAAUAUAAAAUUGUAUAGGAAAAUUGCAGUUUGAGGUUGUGAUCAUCCAACUUUCCAAAAUGUUCUAAAUUGAACAACAGAUCUGCAAUUUGAGUAUUUAAAUCAUGCUAUUUUUGCAAAGUAGUUCAAAUUUAAUGUUCAGCAAAAGUGCCUUCCAAUUUUACAAACACCAGCUUAAGCAAAAGGCAGCUUUCUGUGGACAACAUACAUAUCAAUAGUGGCAGCCAAAUACAAAUGUUCACAAAUGUUAUAAUGGAGAGACUGCAGUUAAACCACAGAUAUAUUUUGACAAGUGAAUUCCUUGUUAAGCUGAGACUGAAGGAAAUGGAAUAUUUAAUUUUAGAUGAUGGAGAGCUAUUACUUAUAGGCUUUUGCUAUAAAACUUACAGGUGUGCUUUAAUACAUUACUGAUUUAACUUUGUCUCCUUCCCAAGAUCUUGUCAGGGAUGAGGAGUUAUUUUGAAUCUUUGCAGGAAAGAUACUUUAGUUUUUAAAUUUCAGGACGGCUCAAAUGUUGGUAAUAUAUAAUGUAUCUGUGUUUAAGUGCAAUAAGAUGUACAGGUGUAUUAAGAUGUACAGGUGUAUUAAGAUUUAAUUAAACUAAAUAUUUCAUGUGAUAUGAUAAAAUUGUUUUACUGGUGUAAGAGAAUGUAUUUCUUAUGUAUGGCUUUGAGUAUGUUCUUGAAGGUGUAUUACUAUAAAGAGAAACAAUCUUUCUAAGUUGGCUGAAUACUCUGAACUUUAUUCUACUUUUGUAAAGAAAUUGGGAUUGGAGAUGUAUGGCUAGCAAUGUCUCAAAUCACCAGGAAAAUGCAUAACCUCACAAAUGGUCAGGAAAGAUGUUUUAGCUUUAAACUUUUCAGUUUUUUGACAAGGGAUGAUUUGAUUGAAAAGAUGUUAAAGAAGUCACAUGUGACCAAAUGAAUGUUUUAAAUGUUUUAUUUUUGAUGGAGAAUGGUUUAAAUCAGCAGUGUAAUCAUUUGCUUUUGUAUCUUGUAAGGAUAAAAAAGCAACUUGAACAUGCCAAAGGAGCUGUAGAGAUAUGGCCAUCACUUAAGUGGUAUAGCUCAGUGGUAGAGAGCAGACAUUGCUUAUUUUUAAGCUUUUUAAAGGCCCUUGGUUUGUGCCUGACUGUGCUUGAGUGAGAACUGGCAUUAGUUGGAUUUAAGGUGAGGACAUAUCCUUUGUUAUAGGACCAACUUUUUUUUUUGCCUUUGGUAUACUAUCAUAUUCUUUACUUAUUAUAUUAUGUUUCUAUGUCAAUAGUGCUUUGACCUGUUUACAUACCAAAACUGAAGUACAAAUAAAAACUGAAGUUUCACAAACUCGAAAAUGCACACUUAAUAAAGUUAGGGCAUACAUCCAGGCUUAUUUUAUAGGUAGUUGUCUCAAAAAUAUGGGGCUAUUUGCACAAUAUUUUCAAUCAUUAUUGGUGAAUUAUGAAUGAUUAUAUUAAUCAUGCCUGCCAAGUUUAAGUAUAUGAAAUUGAGAAUUCUUGAAUAGAAUGUACCACUUAAUUUUAGUAAAGAUUUGUCUUCCUUUAAAUAAUUGUUAAGAAUAUAAAGAUUUAUAUGCCAUAUAUGACAAUUUAUCUGUUUAAAGAUCACUUUAAAACCAUGUGAAAGAUUAAUAUAAAUGUAAUUUAGAGCUUUAAGUUUCCCUAUUGAAUAUGUAUACUGAAGUAUCUAUAUCAAUAAUUUUCUGUGAUUCCUUGCAUAUUUUUAAACUUUGUUAUUAAAUCAGCAAUUUAUUUUAAACCUAUUCCUAAACUUUUUUGUGAUUUAAUGGAGAGUGUGUGAGUUGGUCGAGUGAGGAGUGAGUGAGUGCAUGUGUAACGAUCUAAACCGUCGUUACAGUGCGCAACGAGCCGAAGACGCUCG